CAGCUCACAUCGUUGAAGCGCGGGCACCGGCAUUUGGUCGUUGUUUACAACGGAUUCCCGUAGCAAAAAGGGGCAGAUGCGAAAAGCAAGAAGAAGCUUCCAUUUUCUUACCAACCGCAGAGUCACGCUGCUUUCGGGUGUGUGUAGUUUCGUGUGGAAAAGUUAUUAAAACCGGUACCAACAAGAACGUUCGCGAUUUGGGGCACCCGCUUCUUCCGGCCGCGUGUGUAGUGCUGAGCGUAGCGUAAAAAUGAAACCACCAUCCUGGCUGGGGCUGACGCUCGCCCUGGUGCUGGUGCUUUUGACGGCCACCACGCGCUCGGUAUCCGGCACCAAGCUGAACUAUCCGCGUGUUUUACUGCCGAUUUUCGAUCACAUUUCCGUCAACUUCACGCUUGAGGUGGUCGAGAAGGGUUGCUUCAAGUGGACUUCGUCACGGCUUGAUCUAAUCCAAAUCACACCCUCCUACGAUGACGUCGAUGAGGAUUGCUCGUACCGCGUGGUGGUGACGGUGAUCAACAAGGAAAAGCGUCGCAACACUGCCAUCGUGCUGGCGGAAGAUCUAGUUACCGGGGAGGUGCUGCGCUGCGAUGUUAUACUGGACGUGAUCGAUCAGCUGGGCGUGCUGACGACGACCCGCGAACUCUACCUAGAGGAGGCACCGGAAACGUUCGAACUGUGGGCGCAGGAUGCACAGGGCAACGCGUUUACCACGCUCGAGGGCAUUGAGUUUCACUGGCAGAUUGCUUCCCACCGGUCGCACGAAUCGCGCCACGGCGGGGCAGGUGACAGCAGCUGGAGUCAGGUGUUACGGUUUCUUACCUUUUCCGAGAGUAAGUUCCACGUGGUGCCGCGUGCAAUUGAACGACUGGAGGCGGCCGGUGUGCAAGGAUAUAUGGUGCUGCUGGAGGGCAUCAAUACCGGUUCGGCACGGGUUACCGCCCGACUGCCGCAUGGCGAGUACUCGCACGUCCCGCCGGUGGACGUGAACAUCAUGGUGCUGGCCAACCUGAUCCUCAACCCGAGCGAUGUGUACAUCCUGCCGGGCGAUACGAUCGAGUUCAAGGUGUUGCAGUUGAAGCAGGGCAAGCUGCACGAAAUUGCCCUCAACAGUCAGUACUAUCUGGAGAUUGAGGAUGAAACGUACGCCAGCAUGAGCGGUAAUGCGGCCAAGGGGCUGAAGGUGGGCCGUACCUUUGUGCUGUUGCGCGAUCGUAACGUGCCGCACGAUGCGCUCGCCGGGAAUGAUGAGGCAAACUCGAAAGCGACGCUGCCGAAGGCAUCGCUCACCGUGGUGGAUCCGAUGAAGCUGACCAUUAACCUGCUGCCGCACUACAACUGGGUGACGGUUGAGGGUGAAAGUCACGAGAUUGCACUGAACCUGUUCACGCACGAUGAUCACCAGAUAACGCUGGGGGCUAAGUACAAGAUCCAGUCGACGUUCGACGAGUCGCUGUUCUAUCCGAUCCGAGUUACAGCCAACGGGAGCAGCAUCUUUGGUGAAACGAUCGCAACGGGUAGCAGUCCAGUGGCGGGCAAGUUUGAAAAGCUUUCGGCAAAGGCGGAACUAGUCGUGUACAAGCGGUUGGCGAUCAACCCACCGGAGGUGAUACUCCCCUUCGAUCCGAACCUGCGCCGCCAGAAGCUCCAAUUCACUGCAACCGGUGGCGAUGGUUCGUACAGCUGGUCGUCGCAGGACUCGAACGUUGUGGCCAUUUCCCAAACCGGGCUGGCCGAGGCAAGACUCGAUCAAAUUAAAGGCGUCACCGAUUUGGUGAGCGACACGGAACUCGCCAAAGUAACGCAGGUAAAGGUGGCCAUGUCCAGGAACGUGCGCAUCUACGUCACAGCGCAGGUAAUGUUCCUGCCCCCGAUAAAGCUCGAAGUCGUGCGGUACAACUUCGAAACGGUGCUGAAAGAUUACGUCCGCCUGCACGUCGGCCUGUGGGCACGCUACAACGGAACGCUGAAACCGUUCACCUCGUGCGAGAACCUACACUUUGAGCUGGAGUUUAGCAAUCCAAUCUUCAUGACGGAGGCACAAUCGUCGAGCGAAGAUGAGGAACCGCUGGCGGACGGUGCCUGCCGGAUACUGUACCUCCGCUCGACGAUGGUGGGACAGACGAGUCUGAAGAUAACGUACCGGUACUUUGACAAGCUGCUAAGCGAUCACGUUAGCUUGAACGUGUUCGAACCGCUGUCGAUUGAGAAUCCGAUCGAGAACGAGGUCGUGCUGCCGAUUGGCGCUUCGCGCAACCUUUUCUACUACAACGGGCCGGAGCGGCUGUUCAACUCGGAGGCGGAACUGCAGCGCCAGCUGCUGUACGACGAGAAGGCGCUGGAAGUGACGGAGGUUGGCAGUGGGUUCUCGAAGGACAAGCACAUCCUGCGCGCGCUGUGCAGGAAGCUGGGUGAUUAUGAGCUUAGGCUGGAGGUGUUUAAUACGCUCAACGCGCCGAAUGUGGUCCCGUACGUGACGCAGUACGUGACGAAGGUGUACUGUGUGAAGCCGCGCUUUGUGAACCUAAUCACGACGGACAAGGUGAAGACGGGCUGUCCGCUCGAGCGCCGCAACUCCAUGAUGCACGUCAAGACGGCGGACAAUGCGGAGCAGAUGAUGAUCGACAUCGAGGUGCUGGAUGUGCAGAACCGUAAGCUGGCGAACAUUUCUUCCUUGCUGUUGGAGUGGAAGUUUGCGUCGGUUGAUACGCAGUCCGCUUCCGGGGCGACGGUUGGAGCUGGGGAAACGGCGCUAGCGCUGAGCUACGACCACAAGACGGAGGUGGAACGGUUGGAGGGCGUGGAGAUUCCUGGACGCGAUUAUCUUGUGCUGAAUUUGCCGCGUGAUCUAGAGGCAAGCUUGAAGGUGAAAACAAUUGUUACGGAUUACCGCACGGAAGUGCUGAAACGGUACGCAAUCAAGCCCGAAAGUCCUCCGUUUGGGGUGCAGAAGAAGGCAGGAGCGCCGCUCGUGAAGCCCACCAUCGAGAAUGAGCUUAACUUUGUGUCGGUGAACCGUACGCUGCUGCCGUACGAUCGAUUGACGCUGUUCCUCACGCCCGAUGCGGUCGAGCGCAUCAAGGUGGCCCAGGGCAGCGGAUUUUACGACAUUAAAGCGUCCGAGGCGGGCAUCGUGUCGGCACAGUUUGAUGGCACUACGCGGCAGAUCGUGAUCAGCCCGCGCAAGAUCGGCGAGGUGAAGCUGGAAAUAACGGACCAGUGUCUCGCGACGGAGGCGAGCUUCCUGCACGUAUCGGUGGUGACGGUCGGGCGCGUGACGCUGCUGACGCCGGAUCGGGUCGAAAAGACGAAAAAGAUUGAAGCGAUCGCGCGGUUGUACGAUAGCAACGAUCGGUUGCUCGAGCUGAAGCGCGACCGGCUCGAAAUGUACGAGCUGCGGACGGAGGUAUACAAUCCGGCGGUACUGAAUCUGGCCCUGGGCAGCCAGUCGCAGCUGGGCGUUGGCGAGGUGCGCUACAUCGUGACGGGCAUGGAGCUGGGCGAGACCAAGUUUAGCGUUAGCGCGGGAAGUGGCAAGGAAAUGGUUACGAGCGCACCGGCCCCGGUACAGGUGUUCCCGCCACUGAUGCUGCUGCCACGCAAUGCGACCAUCCUGGUGGGAAGUACGCUGCAAAUCUACUCCAAGGGAGGACCAUCGCCGGACACGAACAUAGUUUACAGCGUGCAGAACAUGGAUGUGAUUGACGUUGAAUCCAACAUCGCCAGCGGGCUUAAGGUCGGCCGCUCGAAGGUUACGGGCCGCUGCGUGGGCGUCAAUCCCACCACCGGUGCGCAAUUCGUUUUCUCCGAGGACUCCAUCACGAUACAGGUCAUUCCGCUGGACGCGAUCGAGCUGCGCACGCCACUGAAACGCAUCCAGGCCGGCGCGACGAUGCCCGCGUACGUGUGGGCCGUACCGAACAUCUCGCCGCUCGUGCUCGGCACCGUGCCGGGCGUGCAGAUCCGCUGGUCAACCGACCACGCGGACAUUCUCGAUGUGCGCGGCGUGUUCCAGGACGUGGGCGUCGAGUAUCUGGACCGCGACGCGAUUGCAAUGCGCUUGAAGGCGCUCGCCCCGGGUCGGGCCACGCUGCACGUAACGCUCGUAACGCAGGGCGGACUGAAGCUAACCGCCAAAACGGACGUGACCGUGUUCCGCACACUGGAGCUGGUCGCACCGAAAUCGAUCCGGUACGAUUCGAUACUGCUGCCGCCGCGCGGUUCAAUACAGCUGAAGGCAAACCUGGACGAUGCCGUGUACCAGCUGGACGGUGAGGACGGUACUGCCAGCGGUGUGCUGCAGGUAUCGCGCGACGGACUGGUUAGGACGGGCGACACACCGGGCCGGGUGCAGGUCGUUGCCUCGUCCCAGGACCAAUCGCUGACGAUCCCGCUCGAGGUGAAGCAGGUGCACUACAUCAUGGCCUCGCUGCAGCCGGGCAUGGCGAAGCUGAAGCGCAUCGAAAGCAGCAUCCCGCAGGGGUUAAGCCUCUCGCUGAAGGUGUCGCUGCACGACAGCCUUGGCAACGAGUUUUCGCACGGGCUGGAGGACGUGUCCGUGCUGAAGCACAAGCUGUCGAAGCGGGGCAAUGUGCUGAUCAGCACCGGCAGCAACUACAGCGUGGCGGUUGAGCUGAUUCGUGAAACUUCCGACAUGAUGGUGGUUGCGUUGCGCGACCAGACGGGUGUCCGAUUCGGGGAGGAUUUCCUCAAGCUGGUAGUGGGCGAUGAGACGAGCGGAUUGGCCUUCCCCGGCAGGGGUGUGUUUGCCGUUGGCGAUGUGGUGUGCUUCAGCUCGCCGUUGCUCAGCUCGGAUGCGCGCUGGAGCAGCUCCGAUGAAGCGUUGGUGAAGAUCGACGCGAAGACGGGCGUCGCUCAGGUGCUUGCCAGCUCGGCCAGUACCGGUGGGACGGGUUCCGACGGGACGGUAACGAUUCGUCACGGCGAUCGCCGGCACGGUGGGAUUUCGUUCAGCGUGGACGUGCUGGAAGCGGAUCGGAUUGAGUUUUUCAAAAGCUACGACAUUUUCAAUGGGCAGUCGUACCGCGGGCAUCUGGUGAUCAAGAACCACCUGCAGAUGGACAAGCUGGUGAACGUGAUUGCGAUGAAUGUGUCCACUUGUCGGGAGCAGGUGGAGCGUUCGUACGCGGGGCUGUUCUCGUGUAAGCUCGUCGUGCGCCAGGGAAUGCCGGAGCUGUUGAAGCACUUCAAGGUGGCACCGGGUUACGAUGCUACGAUCGGGGCGUACAGUUGCAACAUUGAGCUGCUGACCACGCUGGACGAUGUGGCGAAUCUGAUCAAGGCGAACGAGUACACGCUGGAGCUGGAGGUGCGGCUGCUAGCGUCCGGCCUGACCGACACAUCCACGCUCAAGAUGGUACCGGCGGUACGGAUCGAACCGGAAGCGAUCGCGGUAGAGCAGAUCAACAAGCAAAGCCUGAUGAUUGCUGGGCUCGAUCGGGUGCUGCAAAAGGUGGAGGUAACGUCGACGGAUCCGGCCGUACUUGCGAUCCGGCCGCAGCAGAAGCAGCCCGGCCUGCUCGAGUACCGGUUGGAGCUGCUGGACAACUACAAGGAGGAGUGGGCUGAUAGUUUGGCAGUGCUGGUUAACUCACCGCUAACGCAGCAGAGUGUGAGGGUUCCAAUCAAUUCACCGAUGGCACCGAGAAAGUGUGGCACCCAACCGUUCACCAGUGCGCCCGAUUUGUUGGUAAACUAUGUGAGCAACUUCGGGCUGCUAAUUUCCGCUGUGACGGUGCUUGCUGCGACAGUCUGGGUCGUUGUGUUCUGCUUCCCCCAGCGCCAGAAGCCGGCCGCGAACGGAAAUGUGCACUCGCCAUUUAAAAAUGAGCACAAUUUAUCAUCCUACGAUAAUAGGAUAAGCGGCAGUCCAUUUGCUAGUCCAUUAGAGAAGCGCGGCAGUAAUCUACAGUCAUCGUCACCGUUCGCCGGCGGUAGCCCCGGCCAGAGCUUCGGCAGUUCGCAAGGCAAUCUAAGUCACGAUUUCAAUACCAGCGGUACCUCGCACGGCUCACCGAUCUACGGUGAUGCGACCAUAAUAUCGCCCCAGAAGCGGGUCAACCGACGUUACCUGUAAAUAGAAUGUAGGAUGCAGAAUGAAGGGCAGAGGAGACGAGCGGAAUGUUCCAACAAAACCAACUUUCGGGUAUAUGAGUACGCGCCCCCCGUGGAUGGUGGUAGUAAGGAAGAGCGGGGCAUUUACCCGCGAUGCGCAGACCAAACUGACUUUUCCAACAGCUGAAGUUAGUUACUGUUAAUAAGCUUUCUUUUUAUGUUGUGGUUUAAAUGUUUUAGGAAGGCGUUUGAUUAUCUUUUAAUUAAUUCCCGAAGUUUGCUUUUGUGUUUUUUUUUUGCCAUUUGAACUAAAAUUUCGUCUUUGAUUAGAAAAUUGAACUUUCAUUUACUGAUUUACUUUUCAAAACUUUCCAAUCCCAUUACAUGCUGCUAAAUCAGGAUACGUUUUACCUCACGAAUAUUAGUACAUGAUUCAGUUCUAUUUAGAAGACAAUCGACAAUCGAUACUGUUAACUUUAUUAGUUUUACAACCAUUUUGGUUGGAUGCAUUUCUUUCUGCGGAACCCUUGUCCCGCUUUCUAUUAUCCGGUGGUUGCUGUGCUGUGAAUUAGAGCAGCUCGAUAAUUUGUGUGUGUGUGUGCGCGUGUGACUUAAGUUAAGUUUUGAGUUUGAAUUCAAUUCCCUUAGAAUACUGUUCCGUCAGAGAGGAAGAAAACUAGACGAAUGAAUUAGGCGCAGGUGUCGAUUACAUUACAACGGACUGAACAUAUACCGAACACGGCUCUAUGUGUACAUACUACGGACUCUUGUUUAGGUUAGGGAAAGAGAGAAAAAAAAGAAAGAAACUAAUAAAAAAUUCAGUGAAACAACUCGAAA